AUGCAUGACGUGAGACGAUCGUCGAGUGGCGAGGCGAAGCGAAUGAGCAGCACCGUUGCGCCUUCAUGCUCGUCGACUCCAUCUGGCUCGUCGAGACAUCACGCGUUGGGACAUGCCAUUGAGCGUGCAGCUACAUCAUUCCGCGAUCAGCCGCUGAACCCCGAUGGGCUCGCGCUACAUGUUGCCAAUUGUUUUGAUCACGAUGGAGAGACGGAGGACAUCUUCCCGGAGACACUCUUCAUGUCACAUCCAUGGAUUAUGGAUAGCACUGAGUUGCUCGCGUUACUCAUCAAUCUCUUUCAGGAAACAACAGACACACUAUGCAAAAGACGGGUUUGUUACGCGGUUUCCUUUUGGAUUCGACGCUUUCCUUUUCAUUUUGACGGCCAGAAACAGUUAUGCCAAUUGGUGGAACGAUUGAAGAAUGCGGCUCAAGAUCUAGGCCAAGAGUGCACAGAGGGACUCGAUCUCACAACAUUACCCUCUUACGCUUGGUUGCGCUCGAUGUCCGUUCGAAAUCCCGUCGCUAGACAGGUCUCAUUAAGCUUUGAUCAAUGGAGUCCUGAGGAUAUCUCGACGAGUCUCUCGCAUAUUGACUAUAAAAUGUUAUGCAGAGUACCGGUGGCUGAGCUGAAGCGUUACGUGAAAGAGUCGAGUUUGAGUAACACACCGAUUUUAGAGCGCAGCAUUACCGUUUUCAAUAAUCUCUCGAAUUGGGUACAGUGUAUGGUUCUCUCAAAAACGACACCAAAAGAACGCGCUGAGAUCAUAACGAAAUUUGUUAAUGUUGGAAAGCACCUCCGUCGCUUGCAUAACUUUAACACUCUAAUGGCGGUGAUUGGCGGGAUCACACACUCGAAUCUUUGUCGUUUAUCGAAAACCCAUGCCGCGCUCACUCCUGAAAUCAAAAAGGAGUUAUCCCAACUCACGCAACUCCUCUCGGUGCAAUCGAAUUUCGCCCAAUAUCGGAAAGCGCUCACCGAAACGGGCAAUAAAUUCAAAAUUCCUAUUAUGGGUGUUCAUCUAAAGGAUCUCAUCGUCAAGUGCUCGUGCGAGCAGGAUCUCAUCGCUUAUAAUCUGAACGGGUGCGAUUUCUCCAAAUCACGGGUGACGACACGGAGGAAAAUUCUUAAAAUGGCCGCUUUACUUUCAUAUUUUUUAAUCUUCAACAACACUCCCCACAAUUUCCCCGACGCAAAUCUCGAUCUCAUCAAUACUUUAAAAGUUUCUCUUGACAUUCGCUACAACGAGGACGACAUCUACGAGUUGUCGCUAAGACGAGAGCCGAGAACCCUGCUAAAUUUCGAAUCCUCUCCAAAGUCGGUGGUGUUCGCCGAGUGGGCUUCUGGGGUGUCACAGGCUCCUGAUCCGGAAACAGUGCAGAAACACGUGGCCGCUAUGGUGGACGCCGUUUUCAAGCAUUACGAUCAUGAUAAAGAUGGCUACAUCAGUCAAGCGGAAUUUCGUCAAAUCGCCGGCAAUUUCCCCUUCAUCGAACCAUUUGGCACGAUCGAUGUUGACAGAGACGGUCAGAUCAGCAAGAACGAGUUGAGCGCCUAUUUCGUCAAAAUCAAUCAAUUGUCGACGGCUUUACGGAGAGGAUUUAAACACGAUUUCCGGGAAACGACAUUUCUUACACCGACGACUUGUAGUCAUUGCUCGAAGCUUCUUUGGGGUUUCCUUCGACAAGGAUGCAAGUGCAAAGACUGUGGAUUAGCUGUGCACAGGUUUUGCAAAGACAGUGCUGUGGCUGAGUGCAGAAGAAGGAACUCUUCAAGCGGACUUGUCGAAUGGUUUGCUUCUCCACGUGGUGAGCCGAAUGGAUCGUUCAAGAAAAAGUUCUUCCUCAGUUACAAAAAGCCAAUGACCCAGUCAAGGGUGAGAACCGUUUCCUCUACUGCCACGCCACAUGCCUCACCCGAGCGUCAACCAAAAGCUGAAUGCUCAAGAUCGAUUGUGACAACGAUUCGAACGCCACGAGAUCGUCUACUCCCUAGCGAAUACGGGAAACCGCGACCACAGAGUGCCAGUUGCUUUUCAGAUGCUCGUAGCAUGAGUGCUGAAGAGGAUCACUCUCAAUUAGUCUCACUGGCGAUGGAAGAGGUAUUCGAAGAUGAAUGCAGUUCCACGUAUGAGAAUGGA